AUGUGUCAAUUGAACUUGUCAAGAAUAGUUUGGGUUUUAUCAAAUCAACCAAUGUCAACACAUGGUACACCUACGCAACAUAAUUCUACUUUGGUAAUUUCACCAUUUAUAACUGGUAAUGCUGGAUCUAAAUCGAAUGCGAAUUCCUCACAGGCUAACCAAGUAACAGAUGGACAAACUACAACGGGCCCUGAUCCAAGAACUGAAGAAGCAGGUAAUAAUUGGAGAGAAUCCAUCUCACAUAGUCCCUAUCAAUCAAUAGCAAAUAGUCCCCUCGUGCAAAAGACAAAUCCAAGUGUUACGGCAGCUUCAUUGGCUACACCUUACCAUAACGCAGCGCAAAAUGACACAGGUAAUGGCGGUAAUGGGAUUUUAACAUCUAUAUCUAAAAACAGUUUAUUUGGAUCUACGAUACCGUCCACUUUACGUAAAGUGAGUUUACAAAGAGAAUAUAAGGAUCCAACUGGUGGAGAUGCGAAUAAUGAUGCACCCGCCGAUGGUGGUAGUGCUGCAGGUGAAUCUGGUAAUAAUCAAGAUGGUAUGGCUACAACCACUCUGACAACGACAACGACUACAACUGCUACUACGGUAGCAGAAUUUGACAUUUCUGAAUUGUCAUCAAUUGAAAAACUGCGAUUGUGGAGACAUGAUGCUCUAAUGCAACACCUUUAUAAAACUGCUGAAUUCAUUGGUAACAAAAUCUACACUAUGACAGGUGAUCCUAAUGAUGCGUUUUGGCUGGCCCAAGUUUUUUACAGUAGUGGUGCUUGUAUCCGUGCAGUGGAAUUACUCACAAAGGAUAUGCUAGAUUCCGUUAGUAUUAUGUGUCGAUAUCUAUUGGCACUUUGCCUCGUAGAUUUACAAAGGUAUGAAGAGGCCUUAGACGUUGUUGGUGAAAGUAAUCCAUUUUACGAAGCUGCUGACCAAGAUGCUAAAAAGCAAAACGAUGGUGGUAUAAAAUUAGAGUCAUCGCUUUGUUAUCUGAGAGGAAAAAUCUACGCAGCGCAAAACAAUUUUAACAAAUCCAAAGAAUCUUACAAGGAAGCUGUUUUAGUUGAUGUUAAAAAUUAUGAGGCAUUUGAGGAACUGAUAGCUAAAAAUCUUUUGACUCCGAAGGAAGAAUGGGAUCUAUUAGAAGCCCUAGAAUCGGAGUUUUCACUAUUAGAUGAUAAUCAAGAAAUGGUUAAAUGUCUUUAUACAAUUAGACUUUCCAAAUAUUUGAAUGAGGAUAAAACUUUAGAUGCACGUAGACAAUUGAUUGAGGAGCAUAAUUUGGAGAGUAAUGUCGAUAUUCUAAGAUCACAGGCAGAAAUUUAUUGUACUCAAUGUAAAUUUACACAAUGUUUGGAAAUUUGUGAGAUUAUCUUAGAAAGAGAUGAAUUUAAUGGCGAGGUGUUACCGUUAUACAUCUCGUGCCUUUACGAAUUGGGCGCUAAAAACAAGCUUUUCCUGCUAUCACACAAGUUGGCAGAAAAUUUUGCAAAAAAUUCUAUCACUUGGUUUAGUGUAGCUACUUAUUAUAUGGUGGUGGAAAAAAUUGAAGAGGCACGUAAAUACUUUUCCAAAUCAUCAAUUCUGGAUCCUAAUUUUGCGCCUGCAUGGUUAGGAUUUGCGCAUACUUAUGCUAUUGAAGGUGAACAAGAUCAGGCAAUAUCUGCCUAUUCUACGGCCGCAAGGUUUUUCCCAGGGAUCCAUCUACCGAAUUUGUUUUUGGGAAUGCAAUACAUGGCAUUAAACACUUUCUCAUUGGCAGAAGAAUACUUUACACUGGCUUAUGAUACUUGCCCCCAAGAUCCACUACUUCUCAAUGAAAUGGGGGUAAUGUAUUUUAAAAGAAACGAUUUGCACAAGGCUAAAAGGUAUUUAAAGAGAGCAUUAGAAGCAGUUAAGGAACUGAAUCCCACAUCUAGAACCUCCGUUUCAAUUCAAAUGAAUUUGGCUCAUGCAUACAGAAGAUUAGGUGAAAAUGAAAGAGCCAUCAAAUGUUUCAAAACCGUAUUGGAAGUCUCUAGUAAAGAUUCAGAUACUUACUGUUCCUUAGGGUUUUUAUAUCUAAAGACCAAAGAAUUACAAAGAGCCAUUGACCAUCUGCAUACAGCGUUAUCAUUAAAACCUUCAAACUUAGCGGCACAGGAAUUAUUACUUCAUGCAUUAGAAUUAAACGUUUCGAUGAAUUUAGAUGCUGAUCAUCCGUUAAUUGUUAAUUCUCAGUUGUACGAAUCAAAUUUUGAUCAAUUCAUUUCAUCAAGAAAACGUGCUCCAAGGACUUUAGACAGUGUUGGGUAUGCCAAGAGAAUGCGCAAAACCCAUGGUCCUUUGCAAAUGGCCAAUGACGAUGAUGCCAUGGAUUUGGAAUGA